AUGCCAAAGAAUGAUACAGCUAAUGAACAAAGUAAAAAAAAUAAUUUUUUAAAGGAGAAAGAAUUUUAAAAGAUGAAAAUUAAAAUGAGAAUGAUUAAGAAAAUCAAUAUAAAUAAAAUUCAGAAAAUAUUAAGAAAACAUUCUUUAAUCUAAAAAACUUAAUAAAUAAGAAAAAAAAUGGAGAAAAAAUAGAAUAAAUAAAAUGAAUAACCUGAGAUUUAAAAUAAAAAAGAAGAAGUUAUAAAUUUAGAUAGGAAUCAUAUCUUGGGGAAAUUAAUUAAAUAAAAUAUUAAUAAUAACAAUAAUUAUAAGAUAAUUGAUAUGACAGGUAGUGAUAUUAAUGAUUAUUUAAAUAAGACUUAGGAUGUAUAAGUUUCAAGUAAUAAAUAGUUAAGCAAUAUUUGAGAGAAGUUUAAGAAUUAACUUGGUCAGUAUAAUGAAUUUUAGAAAAGCGUUUGGGGAAAUGGGAAAAUAACGAAUGAAGUAUAAAAAAAGAGAAGGAUAAAAUAAUUAUUUAAGAACAUGAAAAAUAAGAAGAAUUAACAUAAUUUACAUAAUGGAAUAAUUCUUUUAAAAGUAAAGAAGAUUUUUUAAAUUAUUUAAAAUAUUUUAAAGAAGAUGAUGUAUUAAUUUCUAAUGAAUAAUUUCCAAUCUUUGCUAAAUUUGAAGAAUGUUUUAGAAAAAUAGGGAUUUAUUUUAUUUAAUUUAAUUAGUUUAUUAGUAAUUUAUACAGAAUAGGAAAUUUAGAUUUUAACAGUAAAUUGGAAAGGAUCUCAAGAAAAGAUGGAUAUUUUAUUUAAUGAAUAUGAAAUGAUCUCAAAAGUUAUUAAUUUAGCAAAAGAUGUAUAUAUAUAGAAAAAAAUCUUUAAAUUUAAGCAAGUAUGCUGA